AUGAGUGAUUUAGGGAGGCCGGAACAUACUCCGGUCGACCACCAACCAACGGAACAAGAACAAGACCUCCUCCAACGCAGUGUAAAAAAGGUCAGACAAGGUAACGAAGGUUUCACUGGAACUACUGCGCUCAUCCCUCGGGUAGAAGACUGGAUGCAGGAGGAGCCAGAACAAGCAAGGAAAACAUAUGCAAGCAUGGUCAGGGGCUCAUCCAGAGUAGGCGAAGCUGACCCCCUAGAAGAAGAUCUUUUGGAAGAUGAAGACAAUAGAAUGGACAGCGAGGAGAAAGAAGCCCCAACACCGGCAAAAGACAAGGCAAAUGAGAACCAGAGCAACAUAGAGAAGUCAGAUAUCACAGUGCAAGAUAUGGGGGAGGGACUAUUUAACAUCGUCAUAAGUGAAAAGGUUGAAAGAGAAUUAUGGAAGCCAUGGUGGAGAUCACUGAUUGUUAAACUGCUAGGAAGAAAGAUAAGCUAUGCUGUCAUGAAAAGAAGGCUUGAGAUCAUGUGGGGCAGAUUUGGAGGUAUUGAUGUUAUCGACUUGGGAAACGAUUUCUACCUCGUCAAGUUUUAUGCUCAAGAAGACCUAGACCACGCUCUUCUUGACGGACCAUGGAAAAUAUAUGAUCACUACCUAGCAGUCAGGCUCUGGGAACCAAACUUCAACACACUCUUAACUUUUAUAGACAAGAUAACAGCAUGGAUCAGACUUCCUGGCUUGCCCAUAGAACUGGGUAAGUUUGCUAGAUUAUGUGUGGAAGUUGAUCUAACCAAACCACUCUUGGGAGUAUACAUGAUCAAUGGUAAACUUUAUCAGAUUGAAUACGAAGGAAUACAUCAGUUAUGCUUCCUGUGUGGGAGAAUAGACCAUGAGCAAAAACAAUGCACCCUAGGAAAAGAUAUAGACUCAGAGAGAGGACAGCACAUACAGGUGAGAGACGAGAACCAUAAAGAAACAAGCCGGCAGCAAGCUAAAGGACAAAACACUCGUGGAAUGGAUGCAAAGGAAGAGGAAGCAAGAAGAAAAGAGAAGGGCAAAGAAACACUACAACACACCAGCAACAACUUUGGUCCAUGGAUGAUUGUCCAAAAACAAAGAAGAUCUAGGAGAGAGCCAACAGAAGAAGGGAACAAAAACGGAGAAGGCACAAGCAAAGCAGCAGAAAAGGAGAAGAAAAAUGAAAAUUCAUCCAGAUUCAAGGUGCUAGAAGUAGAGGAGACCCAGCAAGAAGAGGAAGAACUACAACAAAGGGAGGAAGAAAGAGACACUAACAAGCAAACUACACACAAAGCAACCCCACAGAAAAACAAAGGAAAAAACCAAAUGCAACAGAACCAGAAAAAACUAAAGGAAAACAACAACAACGGGACCCUCACUCAGAACUUACCGAAACAAACAGCACAGAGCAAAGGGAAAACAAUAGGAUCAUAUAAAGCAAUUAAAAUUACACAAGGAAAGACCUCCAGCCACAACCAAGAAGGACCAGUAAAGGAAACACACAGAGAAAACUGGAAUGAGACAAAUGAUGACACACAAAGCACUGAACUAGAGGAGAUACAAUGCACAGAAUUAAAUUAG